AUGUGGGAUGUGAGGCCAUUUGCGCCUCAGGAGCGCUGUUUGAAAUCGUUUUAUGGUCAUCAGCACAAUUUCGAAAAGAAUUUACUGAAAUGUGGAUGGUCUGGUGAUGGUAAACGAGUGACAGCCGGAUCAAGUGAUCGAUUCGCAUACGUAUGGGAUGCGGCAUCUCGUUACAUUCUCUACAAACUGCCUGGGCAUUUAGGAUCCGUUAAUGCCACCGAUUUGCAUCCGACUGAGCCCAUUUUUGAACUGAUUUUCAGAAAUAUGUGCGAAGUUAUUAGGAAAGGUAUAGGUCGUAUCUACCUCUCAAGCUCGACAUGUAUCUUCAAAAAUCUAGCGUUUGAGGAGUAUCUUCUCAGAAAUACGAAGAUAGAAGAAGGUGGUGAAGUGAUCCUUAUGUGGAGUAAUAAGCCAGCUGUGGUCGUGGGACGUCACCAGAAUCCGUGGAUGGAAGCCAACAUUCCUUUUCUGAAGGAGUAUGGUAUCGAUUUGGCUCGGCGCCACAGCGGUGGUGGAACUGUGUACCAUG